GUGAGGAGGCGAGGGACACCACGGCAAAGCAAAGCACAAGAGUCCAAGCUCCAUCCGCGCGAGCCGGCCAGGAGGAGCGCCAAAGCAGCGAUGCUGCGGUUGCGCCAUCUGUCAGGAGCCUGGGUGGCGGCGGCGGGAGGAGGGGAGGAGACGGACUGAGGCGGCUUUUGCCUGAGUCGUGGGCACACACACACACACACACACACACACACACACACACACACACACACACACAAACAAGGGGGGGGAGGAAACGGAGCCGCGCAGCGCGAGCCCAUCUUCUCCCGGACAAGCAGCCCACGCGCCAGACAAAGCUGCCGCCCCCUCCCUCGGCUAUUUGACGCCCCUAAGCCGCCGAGGCAGGGACUUUGACGUCCACCUAUUCCUCCCUGCCGUUGUUAUUUCGGUUCUUGCGUGAAUAACAACAAGCUCUGGGUUGGAAGCAGGCUGACGACGAGCGAGGGAGCGCAACAACCUGGAGAGGGGACUCCUUAUUGGCACCAACGCCGCCCUCAGGACCCUGCAGAGAGAGCGAGGGGGAGGGGGAGUUGGCGUGAAGGUGGUUCUGAAGACCAAGUGCUGAUGCGCUUUCUCAGAACAGAAGUAAGGGAGUGUAUCCAGUCCUGGCAUCCAGUGAAAUGUAGGCAUGUGUAAGUGGGCAUGUCUUUGAUGAGCCAUCUCUCAAGAUAGAAGAGACUGAACCAGUGCAACAAGGACUGAAUAGGAAGAGCAAACAGUGUCUCUUGUAUUGGCUGCCUGUGAUCUGCAGAGCACUAGGACCAGUCUUACAGAAGCUCUUGAAAAAAAUGUGGUGAAUAAAAACUUGCUGUAUUUACAGGGGGGAAAUUCUGGUUUACAGUAAAGCAUGCAGAUGACCUUUUACAGAGCUGGCACGGUUUUCCUCUGUGCACAAGAAUGUGAAAUACCUUCAGAAACAAGGAAUUUAGAUAAUGGGCUGUGUGCAAUGUAAGGAUAAAGAAGCAACAAAACUGACAGACGAGAGGGAUGGCAGUUUAAACCAGAGUUCAAGUUAUCGCUAUGGGACAGAUCCCACUCCUCAGCAUUACCCAAGCUUUGGUGUGACUUCAAUUCCAAACUACAACAACUUUCCCACAGCUGGAGGGCAGGGACUGACUGUCUUUGGUGGUGUCAAUUCCUCGUCACAUACUGGCACACUGCGUACAAGAGGAGGGACAGGUGUAACUCUUUUUGUAGCUCUGUAUGAUUAUGAAGCAAGAACAGAAGAUGAUUUAAGUUUUCAUAAAGGAGAAAAAUUUCAAAUACUUAACAGCUCGGAAGGAGACUGGUGGGAAGCACGUUCCUUGACUACAGGAGAAACUGGAUACAUUCCCAGUAAUUAUGUGGCUCCAGUCGACUCCAUCCAAGCAGAGGAAUGGUACUUUGGCAAACUUGGACGAAAGGAUGCUGAGAGGCAGCUGCUAACAUUUGGAAAUCCACGAGGAACUUUCUUGAUUCGUGAGAGUGAAACCACCAAAGGUGCCUAUUCAUUGUCUAUUCGUGACUGGGAUGAUAUGAAAGGAGAUCAUGUCAAACAUUAUAAAAUUCGCAAACUCGACAAUGGAGGGUAUUACAUAACAACCAGGGCACAAUUUGAAACUCUUCAACAGCUUGUUCAGCAUUAUUCAGAGAGAGCUGCAGGUCUUUGCUGCCGCUUAGUAGUCCCUUGUCAUAAAGGAAUGCCAAGGCUUACUGAUCUGUCUGUCAAAACCAAAGAUGUCUGGGAAAUUCCACGAGAAUCACUACAGUUGAUCAAGAGACUGGGAAAUGGGCAGUUUGGGGAAGUAUGGAUGGGUACAUGGAAUGGAAAUACAAAAGUGGCAAUAAAAACGCUGAAGACUGGCACAAUGUCCCCAGAAUCAUUCCUGGAGGAGGCACAGAUCAUGAAGAAGCUGAAACAUGACAAACUGGUCCAGCUUUAUGCUGUGGUGUCUGAAGAACCUAUCUAUAUUGUCACAGAAUAUAUGAGUAAAGGAAGCUUGCUAGAUUUCUUAAAAGAUGGAGAAGGCAGAGCUCUGAAAUUGCCAAACUUAGUGGAUAUGGCAGCACAGGUCGCUGCAGGAAUGGCUUACAUUGAGAGAAUGAAUUACAUACACAGAGACCUGCGUUCUGCAAACAUCCUGGUGGGAAAUGGUCUUAUAUGCAAGAUUGCUGAUUUUGGAUUAGCAAGAUUAAUUGAAGACAAUGAAUACACAGCCAGACAAGGUGCAAAGUUCCCAAUAAAAUGGACUGCCCCAGAAGCUGCAUUGUAUGGAAGGUUUACAAUAAAAUCAGAUGUCUGGUCCUUUGGAAUAUUGCUGACAGAGUUAGUAACAAAAGGAAGAGUGCCAUAUCCAGGUAUGAAUAAUCGUGAAGUCUUGGAGCAGGUAGAACGGGGCUAUAGGAUGCCAUGCCCUCAGGACUGCCCCAUCUCCCUACAUGAGCUUAUGAUCCACUGCUGGAAGAAAGACCCAGAAGAGCGCCCAACUUUUGAGUACUUGCAGGGUUUCCUUGAAGACUACUUUACUGCAACUGAACCCCAGUACCAGCCAGGUGAUAACCUGUAAUUUUUCUGGUCUGUGCAGACUACAGUUAUCAGGUGUUCCAAUCACAGCUAACAAAGGCUGAUUGGCUCUUUCCAAAGGCUGCAUCUUAGAGCACCAAAAAGCACUGGAGCCAGAAGUUGAGAAUUCCCAGACUGAACCUGCCAUAAAGAUCUGAAUGUCUUCUAUGAACAGAAAAGUGAACACUUGAUUUUGUUCUUAAUCAGAGACUCUGAAACUGCAUUGUUUUGAUGUUAUGUAAACUGCAAAAUCUUUGUUCAGUGUAAAUAGUAAUUCAGUGCCAAUAACUUAUCCUAGUGCUUUCCUUUUUUAGAAAAAAAAGAAUAAUGCAAAGUUAUAUGAUUUUAACUAGUCUUCUCCUGAUUCAACUAAAGUAUUAUUUUCCAAAAGUGGCCUCUUUCUGUCUACAUUUUUUCAUGUUCUAACAAAAUAAAAUCAGGACCAGUAUUUGGGGAUUUUGGUUUGUGUUUCUUUUAUUUCUUUUUCUUUUUUGCUUUUAUAUAUAAAAAUAUGUAAAAUAUAUACAUACUUGUAUAUAUAGUCGUGGGUGCUAUUGCAGAGCAAAAUCAUUUCAGAAACAGAUUAGCCAUAAUGCUGAAGCACCCAGAAAAAGACUAAUUUCAUUGUAGACAUGAAACUCUGGUGAAGAUUCUGAAAGCCAGUGACAGAAUUUUUGGCUUUUGCCAAGCAUGACUUUUUUAAUUGGAUUGCACUUUUUGGUUUGACUAUGUACCUGUAGGUUGUUGUAACUUUUGAUCUUUCAGAAAUCAUGUGCAGAAUUUCCUGCAACCUUUGCCAACUGCGUGGUUUGAAUUUGUGAUCAAAAUUUAAUAACAAACUUAUUAAAGCAAGAAAAUGCACCAUUAUCUGUUCAAACUGGAAGGCUGAAACUGCAAGUACUUUCCUGUAUCAAAAUAUGUAUACUGAACAUUUUCUGAUUUUUUUAAAAAUUUAAUAAACAUUGCAACCACAUGCAAAUAGUCUCAACCUCAUAUCAUUUUAGUCAUGUCCCCAUGCUUAACCAUUCAUCAGGCAUCAGCUAGAAUAUUUUUUUGUAUGCCAUUACCCAUCGUAAAAAGGUGUUUUAAAUGUCCUGUACUACUAAUGAAAUUACUUCCAAUAUGUCUGCAAGUGUUUCAGUGAAAUUACUAUGCACUUCUUUUAUG